GUUGUUCCGCGGCGGCGGCGGCGGCGGUAAGAUGGCUGCCCACGGGGGCUCCGCGGCGUCGUCGGCGCUGAAGGGGUUAAUCCAGCAGUUCACCGCCAUCACCGGUGCAAGUGAAAGUGUAGGAAAACAUAUGCUUGAAGCUUGUAACAACAACCUGGAGAUGGCUGUCACUAUGUUUUUGGAUGGAGGAGGAAUUGCUGAGGAGCCUAGUACCAGUUCAGCAAGCGUCUCUACUGUCAGACCACACACAGAAGAAGAAGUUCGUGCUCCAAUUCCUCAAAAGCAAGAAAUAUUGGUGGAGCCAGAGCCUUUGUUUGGUGCUCCUAAAAGGAGAAGGCCAGCACGUUCAAUAUUUGAUGGUUUCCGAGAUUUUCAAACUGAAACUAUUAGGCAGGAACAGGAAUUAAGAAAUGGAGGAGCAAUAGAUAAGAAACUAACCACCCUUGCAGAUCUAUUUCGGCCCCCAAUCGACUUGAUGCACAAGGGCAGCUUUGAAACAGCCAAAGAGUGUGGCCAGAUGCAGAAUAAGUGGCUGAUGAUAAACAUUCAAAAUGUACAAGACUUUGCAUGCCAGUGCCUCAACCGUGAUGUAUGGAGCAAUGAAGCUGUGAAGAAUAUUAUCCGGGAACAUUUCAUUUUCUGGCAGGUUUAUCACGACAGUGAGGAAGGUCAGAGAUACAUACAGUUUUAUAAGCUAGGGGAUUUCCCCUAUGUUUCCAUCUUAGAUCCACGGACAGGUCAGAAGCUAGUAGAGUGGCACCAGUUGGAUGUGUCUUCUUUCUUGGACCAAGUGACAGGGUUUCUGGGAGAACAUGGGCAACUGGAUGGACUUUCUAGCAGCCCCCCCAAAAAGUGUGCCCGAUCAGAGAGCCUCAUAGAUGCUAGUGAAGACAGCCAACUGGAAGCUGCCAUCAGAGCCUCCUUGCAAGAGACACAUUUCGACUCGGCCCAGGCAAAACAGGAUAGCCGCUCAGAUGAAGAAUCUGAAUCGGAACUUUUUUCUGGCAGUGAGGAAUUCAUAUCGGUUUGUGGCUCUGAUGAAGAAGAGGAGGUAGAGAAUCUUGCUAAGUCCAGAAAGUCUCCUCAUAAAGAUUUGGGGCAUAGAAAAGAGGAGAACAGAAGGCCACUGACAGAGCCCCCAGCCAGAACUGAGCCUGGCACAGCCACAAACCAUCAAGGAUUGCCAUCCAUGGAUUCUGAGGUCUUGGAGAUGUCACCUGAAAAGUCAGAUGGAAUAGUGGAGGGGAUAGAUGUAAAUGGACCAAAAGCACAGCUGAUGCUGCGGUACCCAGAUGGAAAAAGGGAACAGAUCACUCUUCCAGAGCAAGCCAAAUUACUGGCGUUGGUGAAGCAUGUCCAGUCUAAAGGAUAUCCAAAUGAACGUUUUGAACUUCUCACCAACUUCCCUCGGAGGAAGCUCUCUCAUCUGGACUAUGACAUUACCUUACAAGAGGCUGGCCUCUGUCCUCAAGAGACUGUCUUUGUACAGGAAAGAAAUUAACACCAUGGCCUGACCUCUCUCAGCUUACCCCUUUUUCUCUUUUCCUGUGAGAUACCAUGUCACUAAGUAUGCAUUUUGGCUCAUAGGACUAACUGUAGAGCCAAAGCUGGGCAAGCAAGUCACCUGCCUUUUCUUUAUCUCUUUCUGUCACGUGUAAAUCAGUCUCCUUCCCCCUUAUCUCUGUUUUCUUUCUUCCUCCUUUUUCUCAGUUUGUUCUUUCUUACCAGAUGUGGUGACCAAAUGGAAGUGUAUGAAUAAGAAUAACAUCUCUCCUAGUACUGGUAGCACGAAAUGUGUGUUCUAACAAGUGCUCUUUUGCAUGACACCUUUUGGGGACCUAGUGAUGUUACUACUUCUAGACUCUGUUGACAAAGAAUGGCUAGAAUCAGAAUUAAAAACAGCCCCCAUUUUUGGUAGGAAAAAGAAAUUCUUUUAACAUGCAUUUUGUUCAUCAUGUAGGAAGAUGUCAUAAUAAAAUGUCCAGGCUUUUGUUUAUGUGGGAAAAGCAUACUUUAAUACUGUUGGUCAUCGUACUUAAAAUUUCCCUCAAGGAUUCCCAUCUUCUAGUUACAGGCUAUUUCCAUGAUGUGUGUUAUUGGCAGAAUCAGUGCUCAGUGUAUUGUGUGUAGCACAGGGUGGCUUUCAAUGUCCUAGCCUGAGACAGUUUCCUUUAUUAUUACUCUAUCAAUUAUAUUCCUCUUUCCAGUCCUAGGAUGAAACUUUAGUAAGAAUAUUGUGUCUGGGCUAGGAAGGUGCUUGCUGUUUUUGCCUGCACAGCAAAUUAGUUCCUUUGGCUCCAUUGUCUGAGUCUAAUGUAUUCUGUAGGAAGGCAGGUGUUCAAUAAUCAUGUAGUGCAAUGGCUUUGUAAUUGUAACUGCAAUUACAUUAACAAUUACACAGUAACACUGGUUAUUGAUUGUCCUAUGUGCUUAAGGCAUACUUAAGUAUGUCCCAGCGUUGAGUGGGGUGGGGGGUGGGGACAAAAGCCUGCAGAUGAGAGUUGCUAACAAUGUUCUUUUGGUUAGAAAUAUUGAUCGUUUUUUACCCCAAUUGGAAUAAUAUCUAAAAUGCUUUGGGAACUAAUUGACUUUAAUUCCUCAUGCUGUUUUAUUUUUAGAAAAGAUCAAAACUGAAAGUCUCUAAGAGGAAGACCUUCAAAUUUGGUUCAUACGACAACAGUUAUUAAGAGAGAUUUCUAGUAAUCUUCAGAUGUGAGGUUUUUUUUCUGCCAACAAAAGUCACAUUCAAAUUGUAUUUGGUGAAAGCUUUUUUCAGUAUUACUUAGAAGAGGCCACCUGAAUCUGUAUAGUCCUAUUCAUCAGCUUCACUGUAUGCUCAGUUCUUUCCUUGAGCUUUAAGUAGAGUUCUCUAGCAGGGCAGGUAGUGAUUUGGUGGGAAAACCAAAACUUGAUAAACUGCUUAUAAAACCAUUUCUACAGAAUGACCUAUCUUGUCAGUUGGAGAUUUUUCAGUGAUCCUUGAACCUGUACACAAUCUAAAUUGUGAUGACUCAGAAACCUUUGGAUGCCUGUGUACGUGCAGAUCUCUCUCGGCAACUAGGGGGUUAAAAAGAUAAGCUUAAGAGACGUGCUAGUAUGCAAUUAUAGAAUGUGGUUGUUAAUGGCUGGAUUUUGAGGGACCUCCCUAAAGAAUGAGUUAUGUAUCUCCACAAGGAAAUCAUGGAAAAUUUUGUUAUUUUUCAGUGAGUCCUUUUGAAUUAAUGUUUUUACAUUUUUUUCUAAGUCUGUGUAAGUGCUUAUGUAUAAGUAUAUAAUUGUAUAAAUAUUUAUAAAUAUAUUUAUAUAAUUACAAUUUCAUUUAUACCUUGAGUCAAAGUUCUCUCUUUUGAUUGGUGACUGAACAAUACCACUUUGGUGUUUUUCAUAGUGCUUGAGACUUAACCAACAGUUUGGAUUUAUUUAGCAAGCAUGUUAAUUCCUCAGUUGUAUCUCUGAACUUGAGUAAAAUCUGGCUGUCUGAGGAAUAGAGUCUUACAGGCUUAAAAAACCAGUAGUCAAGGUCAGCAGUCUUAUGCUUCAGGAGCCACAGGGUAAAACGUGAGAGAGUACCCAGCUUCGCCACUUGGGCACCAUCUCCUCUGCUGGCACAGGUCCAGCUAAAGCCCAAGUCCAUCAGAAAUAUGAAGUCAAGAAUUUUCCCUUAGAGGACUCUGCUGCACCCUCUUAUCCUGUUAAAUUAGGUUCUCUAUAUACAGUAAAACCUAUCUUGAGAACCUGAGGCAGGAUGUUCAGAAGUGAGAGGGUGUAUAGUUCUUUACGUGCUUAGCACUGGCAAAUCCAUUUAUGAGAAACCAAAGUAAGAUAAGCAAGUAUAUAUGUGAGUUAAGAGAAGAACAUGGUGUUAUGCACCUAUAGAGCUUAGUCAGGAUGCUCAGCUGUAGGGGACUUUAUUUAAUUUUGACAAGGCGUAUGAUUAUCAAGGCUGGCCCAUGGGAGGAAGGGUUAUGGAUUAUACAUGAGAGAAGUAAGUGGGGAUAUUUCCUUGCUUGAGAAUUUAAUCUGCAUAAGGAGUUUGCCUUAGUUCCUCUGCAAGUUAUUUUGCUUUCAAGGGAGAGCUUUCACUGGACAGUCAGGUGAGGUCUGUGAGGUUAGUUAAAUGUAGUGACUCCCUAUAUGUAGUAGAAACAGCUCAAAAGUUGUUUUUAAGUAAGGAAGAAAGGGACAAGAUAGACUUGAGUGACAUAUAGAAGGUAUGGAAACUUGUAGGGAAAGUGAAAGGAGAGCUUUGUGUACUGGGGGGAGAACAGUGCCAGGGGAAGGGAGCAGCUAGCAUGUGUGGUGUGUACUCUGUGUGUGUUUCCUCCUUCAGUCUUCAUACCGUCCCUACACAGUAUAUAUGCCUUCUACUCAUUUAUAAAUGUGGAAGAAAACUAGAAUUUAUACAGCGUGUUCAGUACGUCGUGCUAGUAAGGGCCAAAUUAAAAUUAGAGCCCAGAGUCUGUCCUUGCCUUGUGUGCUGUGUUGUUCCUUGUCAGUUGGAGUCCAUGUACUCUAAGGUCACCUUAUUAUUAUUACUCUAAGGUCAUCUUACUAUUAUUUAGAUUUAUAAAUUAAGGGUCUUUGUUUAUUUAAAGAUGGAAGUAGUAUUUGGGGCCAAGAUUAUGGAUUUGCACUACCCUAUAAAAAUCUUAAUUAUGCCAUUUUAAAGAGAAGAUACAAUUAUUUUUUCUGGUAGAUUAUCCACAAUAGAUUAUUAAACAACUCUUUGCUUUUAUACCAGGUUUUAUCUUGUAUCCAAAUGUACUGUAUUAGUGCACUAUUGAGUAAUCAAAAGUUGGAAAUAUUUUGAAAGCUAAGAUCUUGUUUGACUAUUUUUAUUUAGUUAGGGAGUCAUCUAUAUACAUGAAUAACAACUAGAAGGUGAAUUUAUCUCUUUGAGGAUUAAACUGUUACUACAGUAAGAACUUAGGAGAAAGGGGUAGUGUAAGUUUAGUUAGGGGUGUCUUCAUAGAAAAGAAAGACAGAUGUGGCAAGCACUGUAGCUCAUUCUUUGACUCCACCUCCUGUAAAUACUAGAUUUGAAGCAUGAAGUGUAUCAGUAAGGCAAGACCUUUGCCCAGGUACUAAAGGAUGUUGAGCUCCAGUACUAAAAAUCCCUUUAAUUAGCAAGGAUCUCACUUGAACACUUAAGAAAAAUAUCAAAGUGCUUUUGAAAAUUCAGGCAAGAUUUCUCUGCCUGGGUACACUGCAUGGUGUUUGAUACUAAGAAGAGCCUGCCUGGUGGGUCAGUGCCCCCACUGUCGGAAACAGCUUUUCUUCCUCUGAGUCUUGGUUUUUUUGUUUUUUUUGUUUUUGUUUUUGUUUUUUUUGUUUUUUUUUUUUUGAAAACUGGAAUUGAACUAGAUUAUUAGUUCUUUGUCUUUUCAAGUCAUAGGACUUUGGAUGUUUGAAGUUUUGACCUGAAUAGGGAGUGCUAGGGCCAACUACUAACAGAGUCAAUUUCAUGGAGGAAGUGUAAAUGUGCACCUGGAGUCACAGCCCUACAAAGAACUAUGUCCACCCCAAAGUUUUAAGCAUCUAGUUAUUUAAUGACAUCCUCAGACUAAUUAAAAGUAUACAAACUAUACUUGCUAAGUUUUUCCCUGGAUUCAAGGAUCUUUUGUCCAAUCUUUUACAGACCUCAUUGUAAUGACUGAAAUCCCUCAGUACAGUAGUUACAGAACUAGUGAUCUUUAAACAGCCAGUUAUCUAUUUUUUAAAACUUAAUACUGUAAGCUUAAUGAAUUUUAAAAAUGUCUUAAAUGUAAUGAAUGCAGAACAGAUAAUGUCUCCAAUACUGGAGCUGUAUUUGUGUGCUUUAAGAUAAGGACUGGCAGUUACAAAGCUGAAUUGUGUGAGUUGUGAAGUUCAGAAUUGGUUUGGGCAGAUGUGACCUUUUCAAGAUUUUCAUCAAGUUGAUAUUUAAAAAUAGUUCUUGUCCCAUGGAAUGGAUCUUCAUCUCACCUUUUAGAGCUCCUUCAUUUAUGUACUUGAUAGUAAGUUUCAGAGUACAAAAUUAUGAGUAAUGCCUUGUGUAAAACUAAAACUUGAAAAGUAAUGAGGGUAGGAAGAGCCAGCCCUGUGAGGGCUCACACUUCCCCGGCAGCUUAAACCGUCAGGAGUAGGCUGCUUCUAGGCAAUCACUCUGCCUCCCGAGUUACUCCCAGCCCCUGAACAGACACCUAAAGGCCCUGUGAGCAGGGAGCCAAUUCCAGCGCCACUGGUUUGCCUUACAGAACAUUUCGGUUCUUUACUGUGAAACUUAAGAGUCCCUAGUCCACAUUAGAGUGGGGCAAAAAUGUUCUUCAGAGCUCAGAAUAACCAAAGAGUACCAUUCUAAUAUAUUGAUUUCUUGUAUAACACAGAGAUUUAAAUGCUUCAGUGGUGAUCAUUUGGAUUUUAAACUCACCUUUGCGUCAGUUCUCAUAAUGAGACAGCUUAGAAUUAAAGGUAUUUGGCUUAUUUAAGAACAGAGGUUAUCAUAGCUUUGGUCAAGUUUUGUUUGUUUUGUUUUUAGAGACAGGGUUUCUCUAUGUAAUAACCCUGGCUGUCCUGGGCUCGCUUUGUGGACCAGGCAGGCUGACCUCAAACUCAUAGAGAUCUGCCUGCCAAGUGCUGUGACUAGAGGUCUGUGCCACCACACCUGGCUGGUUAGUUUCUUUAUUAAGGAACUCAGGUGGCUAGAUUAUUGGAUAUGAUGAAACCUGAAGUAGAACAUCAGUUUAAUCCUUUAUCCAUUUGGGGGUGGGAGUGUCUUUUAUUUUGUUUUCAAACGUUCUUACAUAGUUCAGGCUAACCUCUCCUCUCUUUUUUUUUUUUUUUUCUUUGAGAUAAGUUUUCUUUAUCUAGUCCUGGUUGUCCUGGAUCAGGCUGACCUCUUCAGUGACUGUGUAGUUAGUUGAACAUAACCUUGAACCUCUGGGUCCUCCUUGGGUUAAAGUGAGCCACAUGCCUGUCUCUUCUUCAUUCUUUACUUAAUUCCUCUAAAAUUGGUCAUGAAAUUUAAGACACUUAGCUAUGCUUUUAAAAUUAUAUUUCUAAGCCUUAAUGUAUAUUUCUCAUUUUUAUAAAUUAAUAUAGAAGAGAAUAUUUUGAGGCAAACACCGUUUUUACAACUCAUUUCUUCCUAAGGAGAAUUCUUGUUCCAAGUAAGAGAAUGGCUGGCUCUGUGAUAAACCUCUAAGGUAGUUGGUUUGGUUGGUUGGUUACAGGUUGCCCUAACUAAAUCUCACCAUUUUCAUAAACAUUUUGUUUUUUAAAAACACAACUCCUGAACCAGUACUUAGUUUCAAGCACAUUCAUUAGCCCAGACUGGCCUGGAGCUCACUAGCCCUAGGUUGGCCUUGAGCUCUUCUGGGAUUAAGCCACUACACCUGGUUUAACCUGAUUAAUUUUGACCAUGUUUUUAAUAUGGCCUGUAUGCCAUAUAAUUCCAAAAUAAACUUGGGUGAUCCAUAUAAAUUACUUUAUUAAGCAUAAUGAAGAAGUUAUUAAAAUUUGCUUGUGGGAUUGGAGAGAUAGCUGUUAGCUUAGCAGGUAAGACCACUUGUUCUUGCAGAAGUCCUAGGUUUGAGUCCCAGCAACCAUAUAGCUGCCCACAACUGUCUAUAACUCCAGUUCCAAGCAAUGCAACUGUUCUGAGUCUGAGGCCACCAGGCACGCACACAGGAAGGAAGCUGAGGCAAGAGGAUUGCUAGUUCCAUGUCAACCUGAAGUUACAUACCAAAACCUUAACUCAAAAUCCUCUUUGUCUCUCCCUUCUUUAAUACACCCGUGGUUUGCUGUGCCGUGUGUUUGUACAUUGCAUUGCUCUUCUAACCCCAAUUAAAUAUCACUAUCCUUUCAAGAAUUACAAUUAAAGCUAUUAACAUGCCACAUGCAGGUGUCUACAUUAACACAAGUCUCAUUGCUCUGAAAGAAAAUAGUGAGAUAUAGAAGCAUUGGUUUAUAUUUUGCUUAUGCUUGGUUUCAUAAGAAGCCAGCGGGUGAGAUGGCUCAGCAGUUAAGAGCACUUGCUGCUCUUGUAGAGGCCCUGGGUGGGUUUAGUUCUCAGUCCUCACACAGUGGGCCACCACCAUCCAUAACUCCAGCUCCAGGGGAUCCAGUGCUGUCUUCUGACCUCUGAAGACUUCUAUACCACUAGACAUGCAGGCAAAACAGUCAUAUGUACAAAAUAAAUGGAAACAAAACAUGUGUUUAAAGACUUGCUCGUAUAUUAGGGAUGUGAAUCCAAUGGUAGUAUUCUACCUAAGAACAGUCACAUUGCUCUAUAGGUAUGGGAAGUAAAUUGCUGCACUUAAUUCUUUGGCAGUAAGCAGCAGACCUUUAAUGUGUAAUGGUACGUCUAGCAACUAAGAUCUUAUAUGCCUUAUGAGGUCACUUAGGUUUUUAAAUGAGAAAGAGAAGAGUCAAGCUAAACUAGAAUAAUAGGACAUACCUAAUGAGCUGUCUUCACCAGACGAGAAGCUAUGGGCUGGUGUGUAGCUCAGGACCCUUGUUUGGAUCCCCAGGGUUACUAAGAAGAAAAGUUUUUAAUCUAACUGGGACAGUGAGAGUCCUGUAUUGGCCAUCAAAAAUUGGGAACUGUUUUAAAUGAGAUAAGUUCUGACCUAAAAUUGAAUUUUCCUUUUCUCAAAAUUUUUUAUAUUUACUCUUAUUCAUGGUCUCAUCUGGGAAUCUUAACUAAUAGGGAGCCAUUCACUAACUCCUUGGUUUCUUUCCUGCAUCAAGAUAACUGAUGGUAUAGUAUGUGUCACCAGAAUGAUUUUCAGGCUAAUGACAUUAGAAUAUUUAUAUUCAGCUGGAAAUCUUGUUUUCAACAGAAUGAGUUUAUGGUAUGCUUUUCUCAAAGCUGCUAUGUUCUCAAUGAAAAAUAAUCAAUAAAUACUAAGUCAUAUGACUCAAAAUACAAAUAGGCUCAUGAAACUAAUCUUAUGCUCUAAGUUGUGCUGACGCUCUGCCUGCCUCUAGAAUCCCCAUGUUAGCAGCUAAUUAAAGUCUCAUGGGACCUCUAGCCUCAGAUGUCACAGUGAGUGCUACCUGAUGGUGAUGUGCCGAAUGAAGACUUUGGAGGCUUCUGUCCAAGUUUUGGCAUGAAUAUUUUAGACACUAGUUUUUCACCCCUGAGAAUUUUUUUUUCAGACAAUUUUUCUGUUGGUUUUUAAAGAAAUUCUAAGCAUCUAGGUGUCUUUUUUCCCCCCUUCUCUUUAACUGUUAAGAAAGUUGUCUUUCCGGUGUUGUUCUAUGUAAACUUCAGGAGUAUUUGUGGGUUUUGCAUGUUUUGUAUGAGUUCAGUUUAAACAAUGCAUUUAAAUCACCUGGGAUGUCCGAUUCUGGCACGUCUUCACUGUUUGUGUUUUAAACAUGUUUCAUGUGUUUCCAAACCUCACUUGGUAUCUUACUUGAGAUCAUUGAAGUUGAUUUGGGAUAUUUGCUUUACAAGUGUUUUUUCAAGCAGUUCUUAACACAGUGUUUAGAUGUUUCCUGGGCUGUUUAUAUGCUCAGUUUGCCCUGAACAAAGUGGUGGUCUUACUAAGAUUUAAAUUCUUAAUAUAAAACAAGUUCUACGUUUAAUCUAUAGUUCAGCUUGUUGCUGAAUCCAAGACAAUGCUAAUGCUAAUUCUUGUGGUGUGUUCCUGACCAGUGCCCUCUAGUAUGCUUGUGAGUUUCCAGGUUUCUUCCCACAGUGCUAGGAGAUCAUUUACUGUUACAAAACUUUUCCAAAUCGGAAUGAAGGCUGUGAGAGAAGCAAGGUGGGGAAAUCACACCAUCCACUGCAGUUUCUGUUCAAGGUGCGUGAAAGACCCUCCCAAAUAUCUAGUGAUUGUAAAGGUGCUAGGGGGAGCCUGAAUCCAAAGGAACACACAGGCAGGAGAGCUAGGUCUCCUGGCUAAGACUCCCUGGACUCCACUGCACCCUCUGUACCUAGGGUACGUUAGACACCUCCCUAUUAUGUUUCCAUGGACACACAUAGGCUAUUAUAGGCACGUGCUUUCUGAAGUGAGGAUCUCGCUGUUGAAGAUUUAUUUCCUAGUUUGGGCUGUACCAAAUUGUGAAUACUCGCUGUGUUGUACCCAGUUGCUUUAUAUUAAUACUGCAACUUGAAUUGGGGUGGGUGGGUGGGGCAGCAGGGUGUGGGAGGGAGGGUAAUGGAAUAAAGUCUUUUGAAGACAUCAGCUCACACUGUGCUGAGAGAGGGACCAAACUCAAGGAAACCUCUGAUCUAUAAAUUCAACUGCUGCAUUUUUUAUAAAUACAUGUAAAUGUCCUGUUGUAAUAUUUGAUCUUGGAAAUAAAAAAAAAACUUUUCAGUA